AUGUUUGUUCGCUCCAUCCUCCUGGGUGGUGCGGCCGCCAUAGGCGCCAGUGCCAUGCUGGUCGUCCCUGAAAUGGAACCCAAGGUGGAAGCCGUCGAGGAUGGCUUCAUGAAUAUUUCCCCCAUGCUCCUCGAAGAUACCCGCCAUGCUCUUGUCGAUCUGCCCUGUACCGACUGCCCCAUCCGCCAGAUCGAUGAAGAGGGCGCCUUCAGCUGGGUGGAUGGCAAAUCUUCGUCCCUGAUGCUCGACUUCUCUAUCGAAGACAACCGCUUGCUGGCCAACGGUCGCCAGAUCUUCCCUCCCGUUCCUCCUACCCCCGUCGACGUCCUCCAAGAAAUCGAAGAUGGCGAAGUCGACGGUCCCAUGUCUGUUGGCUACGCCCUCGAAGUCAUGCCCGUCCAGACCCCCUUCGACGAGCCCGGCGCUGACCUGCUCGAUGUCCGCUUCACCAUUCUCGACUUGGAUACUCGCCCCGUCCCCGUGGACACCGUCGCCAUCACCCUCGUCCAGGAUCCCGCCGGCGAGCUGUUUAUCGCGAAGACUGAGAUUGAGAAGAACACCCCUCCCUCCGAGCGCAAAUCCUGGAAGAAGUGCCACGGCAAGCCCAAGUGCCUCCAGGAGCUUCUUAUUUCCCGCAUUCGUGGUCUCCUCGCUCAUGCCAAGGAGCGCAUGAUGGGUAAGGGCCCGGGUCCCAAGGCCGGUCCUAAGGGUGGCCCCAAGGGCUGCGAUGGCAAGAAGGGCCUGAAGGGUCUUCUCGGCAUGUUCAGCGGUCACCACGACCCCCACAAGCACCACGAUGAGGCUGGUCCCGAGGGUCACCACCACCACGGCGAGGAGACUGGCCCCGAAGGCAUGUUCCACGACUUCGAAGGUCCAAAAGGUCAUUACGGUCACGGCCACUUCGAUCCCGAGGCCGCCGACCGUCCCCACCACCACAUGCAUCACGGACCCCCUCGCGGUGCUUUCGCCCACACUUUCUCUCGCGUUUUCCGCUUCAUCCUUGUCCCUGCUAUCCUCGGUGUUCUGGCUGGUCUCACUGCCAGCGCCGUCGGCAUGCUUGUUGGCCAGGCCGUUGUCUUCCUUUGGCAGCGUUACCGUGGCACCAAGCCCCAGGAACACAAGGCUGCUUGGGAGCAGGGUGAUGCCUGUGAGAAGCAGGGCCUGAUGAGCGAGUCUGAGAAUGUGCUUCCCGAGUACAUUGAGACUUCGCAAACCCGUGGAUCUAUUGAUAAGAAUUAG